ACGAGCCUGCGGUGCUGGAUCUGGCGUGCUGUCAGUGGACGCGCGCGGGCAGGGGGCGUUCUCAAUGCCUGUGGCUGCGGAGCCGGCGGCAGCGCAGAGUUAGCUCGGCUCUGAGCGUGCGUUGCAGACCAGGACCUUGGCCAGCCGAGCCCUCCGUGGCCCGUCCGACCUCGGUCCUCCCGCGUCAGGGCCGCGGAACGGUACAGACCCUUAGCUCCGAGUUCCUCUGCCCAGCCUGCACGAAACAGCGCGGAAUGGCCACCGGGAUCCGGACAGCUUCGUGUUGGGGAUUGUUGUCAUUCAAGGAUAUAUCUAUGGACUUCACCUGGGAAGAAUGGCAGUUACUGGAUUCUGUGCAGAAGUACCUGUACAGGGACGUGAUACUGGAAAACUACCGCAACCUGGUGUCCGUGGGGUAUCAUGGUACCAAACCUGAUUUAAUCUUCAAGUUGGAGCAAGGAGAAGAGCCAUGGAUAAUAAAUGCCAAAAUUUCUCGUCCGCGUUGUUCAGAAGGUUGGAAAGAAUGGUACCAGAAAAAUCAAGAUGCACUUGAAAGUGUUGAGAGAAACUAUGCGUGUAAUGCAUUUGGAAAACUUCAUCUGAGCAAAACGCAUAGUUCUUCAAGACAGAGACUCCAUAAGUAUAACACACAUGGAAAAACUAUGACACAAAACUCAGGUUUAACCAGAAGCUGUCUCAGAAAGAGUCCUGAUAAGUUUCAUGGGUACGAACAAUCGUAUUUUCUUAAGCGUCAAAGAGCUCAUAGUAUAGAAAAAAACUGUAUCUGUGGUGAAUGCGGAAAAGCUUUUCGCUGCAAAUCACAGCUCAUUGUACAUCUCAGAAUUCACACAGGAGAAAGACCUUAUGAGUGCACUAAGUGUGAGAGAGCCUUCAGCGCCAAGUCAAACCUCAACGCUCAUCAGAGAGUGCACACGGGGGAGAAGCCCUACUCGUGCAGCGAGUGUGGGAAAGUCUUCUCUUUCAGGUCACAGCUCAUUGUCCACCAGGAAGUUCACACAGGAGGGAAACCUUAUGGUUGCAGUGAGUGUGGGAAAGCCUACAGCUGGAAGUCCCAGCUCAUUUUACACCAGAGAAGUCACACGGGAGUGAAGCCCUAUGAAUGCAGUGAGUGUGGGAAAGCCUUCAGCUUGAAGUCGCCGUUCAUUGUCCACCAGAGAACUCACACAGGAGUCAAACCCCAUAAAUGCAACGAGUGUGGGAAAGCCUUUCGGAGCAAGUCAUACCUGCUCGUUCACAUCAGGAUGCACACAGGUGAGAAGCCCUAUCAGUGCAGUGAGUGUGGGAAGGCCUUCAACAUGAAGACGCAGCUCGUUGUCCACCAGGGAAUUCACACGGGAAAUAACCCUUACCAGUGCAGUGAGUGUGGGAAGGCCUUCGGUCGGAAGGAACAGCUCACUGCCCACCUGCGAGCUCACGCAGGAGAGAAGCCCUACGGGUGCAGCGAGUGUGGGAAGGCCUUCAGCAGCAAGUCGUACCUCGUUAUACACAGGAGGACGCACACAGGAGAGAGACCCUACGAAUGCAGUUUCUGUGAGAGAGCCUUUUGUGGGAAGUCACAGCUCAUCAUACAUCAGAGAACUCACUCAACAGAGAAGCCCUACGAGUGCAGUGAGUGUGAGAAAGCCUAUCCUCGGAAGGCAUCACUUCAGAUCCACCAGAAAACUCACUCAGGAGAGAAACCAUUCAAAUGCAGCGAGUGCGGGAAAGCCUUCACCCAGAAGUCAUCUCUCAGUGAACAUCAGAGAGUCCACACAGGAGAGAAACCAUGGAAAUGUUCUGAAUGUGGGAAAUCCUUCUGUUGGAAUUCAGGGCUCCGCAUACACAGAAAAACUCACAAGUGAAAUGAGGAUGAAGUAGACGUUAGAAGCAGUCUAAUAAAACUUGCUCCUAAGGAGACUUCAGAUGAUAAUGUAGAAGGACAUAUAAGCAGAAAGUCUAAAAAUACACAUACUAACUUAAUAUAGGAGAGAAACCAAGCAUAUUUGGAGUGAGUGUGCAAAAGCUUUUAGAAAUGUCAUAUACAUGCUUUGUAGAUGAGAAUAAUGGAAGGAACCGAGCAGUAACUGUAUUGAAUGUAAUGGCAUCAUGAGGCAUUAA